UUGAUCUUCUUGUGGUACAUGUUGGGAUUCCGGAAUCUCGGGACCAUCGCAAUGCACAUAUCCUUCUCGCGUCUGUUCGUCACCAGUGUCCUGGCUCUUGCGGCUGCUGCUGCCCCGAGCCGUAAGGACCCUGGCUUCGUUUCCGUCGAAGAUGGCAUCUUCAAGCUUGACGGCAAGGACUUCCACUUCGCGGGGAGCAAUGCCUACUACUUUCCUUUUAAUGGGAACCAGCAAGACAUCGAGAAGGGGUUGACGGCGGCUAAGAAGGCAGGACUCACCGUCUUCCGCACCUGGGGGUUCAACGACAAGAACACCACCUACGUGGCUGGCGGCAUGCCCCAGUACGGUGGCGAGGGUGCUGGUGCCACAGACGUAGUGUUCCAAUACUGGCACAACGGCACAUCCACCAUCGAUCUCUCCGGGUUCGACAAGGUCGUGAACGCCGCAACCAAAGUUGGCAUCAAGCUCAUCGUUACCCUGACCAACAACUGGGCCGACUAUGGCGGCAUGGACGUGUAUACCGUCAACCUCGGCGGAAAGUACCACGACGACUUCUACACCGUCGGCAGCAUCAAGAACGCCUACAAGCGGUACGUCAAGCAGAUGGUGACGCGCUACAGGGACUCGCCCACCAUCUUCGCGUGGGAGCUCGCCAACGAGCCUCGCUGUGGCGGCGACGCGGUGCGCAAUCUGCCCCGCAGCGACAACUGCACGCCCGAGACCCUGGACGCGUGGAUUGCCGAGAUGAGCGCCUACAUCAAGACGCUCGACCGCCGCCACCUGGUCACCUGGGGCGGCGAGGGCGAGUUCAACCGGCAGUCGGACGACUGGGCCUACAGCGGCGCGGACGGCGGCGACUUCGACAACGAGCUCGCCAUCGACACCAUCGACUUCGGCGUCUUCCACUCGUACCCGGACUGGUGGAGCAAGACGGUCGAGUGGACGGACCAGUGGAUCCGGGACCACGCCGCGGCGGGGCGCCGCGCCGGCAAGCCCGUGGUGCACGAAGAGUACGGCUGGCUGACGCCGGACAAGCGGCUGGCGUUGACCGGCAAGGUGGACAACCGGACCCGCGUCGAGGUGAUGGGCGGCUGGCAGAAGACCAUGGUGGCCGAGAAGAUGGCGGGGGACAUGUACUGGCAGUUCGGCUUCUCCAAUUACUCGUACGGCCGGAACGACGACGACGGGUUCACCAUCUACCUGGACGACGCCGAGGCCCGGCCGCUGGUGUACGACCACGCGAAGGAGAUGAAUGCCCUGAACUGCCGCCUGCCUGUACAUGCUGCGGAGUAAGGGGUAUGUGAGAUGGAUAGCAGCGAAAUGCCUCUCUUCAGUUCUUUCAUUAGCUCCGUGUAUUUACCUAGGUAGUUCAUGGCAGAGUUCAACUAGUCAUUAAUUGACCUAAAGACCCUCCCAGAACGCCAACGCUUCCUCAAAGACUCCUUAAAAGAAUAUCAAAUCCAUAAUCCAACCCCCAUGGCAAGGUUCCACCGAAAGCCUGCUCUAAUUACAUUUGAUCAUCUCGGCAAAUAAUCAGAUGCACGACCAUCAUUCCUCCAGAAGCCAGGGCACGACAGGUAGCGUCUUCCUUCUGCCCCUGCCCCUUGAGAGUUUGAACGGGUUGUCGUAGGUUCUCCUGCGCCCUCUCAACCUAAAUCUCCAGCUCUUCGUUCUCGCCGUCCUGGACGUGUUUCCUGUCGAGCUCGCUCUCUCCGCGUAGCUGUCGACUGGGGCCGAGGCAGUUGCGAGAGAGACCGAACCAUUCGCGUACCCGCUGCCGUCGUCAUUGCUGUAGCACGACCGGCCUUCCACGAUCGUUUUGUCCUCGCAGAUCAGGUACAGCUGGGCAGUGCCAACGGCGUAUGCAGACCUAA